AUGCGUCAGGCUAUCUCCAAGGGCGACCAGAUUCCCAACACUACCUUCAUGUAUGUGCCUUACGCACCCGAGCUCGCCGACGGCACUGCUUGUGGUGCACCUACCAAGGUUCAGACGCACGAAGCUUUCAAGGGCAAGAAGGUUGUCAUUGUCGCUGUCCCCGGUGCCUACACUCCCACCUGCCACGUCAACCACAUCCCUCCCUACAUCGCCAAACACGACUCCUUCAAAUCCAAAGGCGUCGACUCCGUCAUCGUCCUCGCCCAGAACGAUCCCUUCGUCAUGUCCGCCUGGGGCGUGCAGAACAAAGCCGAGGACAAGGUCAUCUUCGCCACCGACCUCAACCUCGAAUUCUCCAAGUCCAUCGACGCCACCGCCGACCUCAGCGCCAUGGGCUUCGGCCAACGCACCGGUCGCUACGCCCUCAUCGUAGACGAUCUCAAGGUCGUCGACUUUGCCGCUGAACCCAACCCGGGCGCGGUCGAGGUCAGCGGCGCCGACCACGUCUUGGCUAAGCUUUAG